AUGGCGUGUAAUUCAGCUGAAAUAGAACAAUUCAAUUCUUCAUUUUGGAUUGAACGUCAAUGGUCAUUUGAACAUUUACAUGGAUGGACAAAGAAUUGGGAUAAUAGAAUUUUCUAUUCAAAUAAUCCAUAUAGAAGAAAAUAUUUUACAUUAUAUGGAGAAACUGGUCAAUUAGAGAAAAAAAUUCAUUUAAAUACAGUUCUUCAUGUUCAUAUUCGAAGUCUACAAGCAAUAAUCAAUUGUAUUUAUUAUUUUCCAAGGGUUACAAAAAUUACAUUUGAACAUAUAUUUGAUAUAUCACAGGAUUCAAUUGCUACGAGUCUGAAUUGUAUCAUUCCAUUGAAACAAAUAACAAAAUUAGUUGUUAAUUGUCAUUGUUUUUCUUUCGAACAAAUUAUUCAAAUCUUAUAUUUAACAUCUAAUCUUUGUAUAAUGAUACUUAAAUCUAUUUACCUUUCCAUACCAGAUUAUUGGUCUCUUCAACAGAAUGAAAAUUUUCAAAGAGUUUCGAAAACAAAUCGAAUAACAAAUAUAACAAUUGAAGAAAAAUGUAAAUUAAUAGACAUUCGUUUACUUGUGGCUUUAUGUCCUCGAUUGGAACAUUUAACAAUUCAUAUUCCGACUGAUGUUUUUCAAUUAACUAUACGAUUUUUAUUGUCAAAAACUAAUGAAAAUAUUCGUCGAUUGUUUUCAUUAUGUCUUACACAUGAGUCUAAAAGUUUAGUUGAGACAUUGAAAACCUUUAUUGAAUCCGAAAAAUUGCUAGAUAAUUAUUUCUUAGAGUUUUUUGAAGAUAAAUUGUAUUUAUACUGGUAA